UCGCUUGAGUUCUAUUCACUUUUGUUCGUGUGACCUUGAACGUUCUAUUUACAUCUAAGUGUUUUUGAGAUUUCAAUGAUUUAGUAAUGAUAAUUAUAUUUUAAUGAUUAAUUAAAAUAUAAUGAUGUGUGUAUUAAAAUGUCAUUAAAUUUAUAUGCUUGAGUAGUCAUCGAGUUGUAAUCAUAUUAUAUGCUUAGUACUGAAUCAUUACAAGUUUAAUCACUAUUACGAAACUGCAGCUAGGCCGCGCUUGUUGGGCAUGGUCAGUUAUAAUUAAGCGAUCAACUAAGGCCGUUGUGUAUAUAGGGUAGUAGAGUUCCAUACUUGCGGAUUAGAAUAUAUCCAGUUGGACAAUAAUUAUGGAGUUGACAAAAAUAUUCUACGUCUGGAUGUGUGUUACAUUCCUGGUGUUGCAUUGUGUUCUGGAAGGUUCCAGUGAACAAACAGCAUUCGAAUUGCCUGUACAGUUGGUUGGGUUCCCCUUUAUUGUAGUGGCGGUGCGGGUGACAAACUUUAUCAAGAAACUUUCGUAUGCGUUAAGUCCAGCGACAUACAAAUCACGAGCUCGUCGCGAACUGAUCUACACGGACCAGAGUAUGGAGGCACUAGAUGCUCGGGAAGUAGAGAAGUACAUAAUAGCUGAGUUCGGAGCCAAGUCGUGCGUGUUCGACAGGAUAUGCUCGCAUUAUGCCGCUAAUGCAAGAGUACACCCGAGACAGCAACUGAACUGGGCUGAUGUGUUCAAACAAUACCGUCAGUCUCAGGACCAGGCGAAGGAGCUGUUUCUACUGAGCGUGUUCCUCGGAGACAUCGUGGGCUCCCCGCACCUCUGCCACCAGCUCGGCAAGCGAAGGCCGUGUGACGAAACACUACUGACAUCUAUUGUCUCAUAGCUGUAACAGAAACCAGUGCAAAUUUUAAUAUUCAUAUCGAGAUAUUUAUUUAGAAUUAAUCGAUCAGAUUAAUGGACAAUUAAUCGGCCUAUUGCAAGGAUGCAAGCAUCUUAAGUUUUUUAUUGGCGACGUUAUGCCGCCCUGUCGUACCCCUAUCAUGUGGGAUUCAGCUUUAUUUCUUUAUUAAAUGUUUCUCUUCUCUCUAGAAAUGUACAAUAUAACUUACAAACUAAUAUCACAAAUUUUCUUUACUACAUCAAGAUCCUACAAAGCAUUUUAAGUUUUCUAGGAUGCUUGCAUUCUUACAUUGAUUUGGGUCGUUCAAAGCGUAUUGCAGCUACAUAUAAAGCGAAAUUGGGCAAACCGCAUUACUUUUUCGUUUCAUUUUAUUAUCGCGUGCUGCAUUGGUUCCGCUAGCUACCAGACUGACCUAUCGUUUGAUUACGAGAGAAGAACUUAACUCAAUCUGACUAAUAUUAUCGAUGCUAAAGUUUAGAUGGAUGUUGGAGUUUGUAGCUUAAACUGCUGAACGGAUCUCGGUG